AUGGCUAUGCAAAGUUUCAUUGUGAAAAUUGUGAAUUUGAUGAAGAGUGAAAAUUUGCUUGAGUCCCAGGGUGGCUCCAUCAUACUCUCUCAGAUUGAGAAUGAGUAUGGGCCACAAGGUAAGGCAUUUGGAGCUGCUGGUCAUCAGUACAUAACUUUGGCUGCAAAUUUGGCGGUCGGGUUGGAAAGUCAGGUCAGUGAAGUAGGGGAGAAUCAAAUUGACAGCAUUGUUGUCAAUGAUGAAUUGCCGAUACAAACUCCUGCUGCAGAUGGCAAAACUCCUACUGUUGUCAAUGAUGAAUUGCCAUCAAGAAACUGA